AUGGUUCGGGCAGAAGCGCUUCUUCUUCUUCUUCUUCAGCUGGCAAGCCUCCUGGCCGAAGCGGUGACAGCCACACCAGAUGCCUUGCCCGGGUGCCCAGCCAAGUGCGGGAACCUCACCAUUCCCUACCCCUUCGGCAUCGGUCAGGGCUGCUUCAGGGAAGGCUUCGACAUCACAUGCAACGAGUCCGUGCCCUUCCUCAGCAACGGCAACAUCAGAGUUGUAAAUAUCAAUCUCUCCGAGGGCCAGCUGGUGGUCAACCAAUACAUGGCCUACGACUAUGGUGAGAAAUUGAUUUCACUAAUUUAUAAGCUUUCUUCUUUACUGUAUAUUCUUGCAGGUGGAGCAUCCGGUCUCGUGUUCCUAAUCAUUCUUUGUCCUUGGUUAUACUGGAUCAACAAGAAGAAAAGACUCAUCGAGCUUAAGGAGAAGUUUUUUCGAAAAAAUGGAGGUCUUCUGUUCCAAAAGCAAAUCUCAUCGCUUGAGGGCAGCGCUCGAGCGACAAAGAUGUUCACAAUGGAGGAGCUCGAAAUAGCUACUGAUAACUAUAAAGAAAGCAACAUCCUUGGCCAAGGAGGCGCUGGGACAGUAUAUAAAGGAAUUCUACCAGAUCAAACAGUUGUUGCUAUCAAGAAAUCAAAGAUCAUGAAUGACGAUGAGAUCGAGCAAUUUAUAAAUGAGGUAGUUGUUCUUUCCCAUAUCAACCAUAGGAAUGUGAUGAAGCUUCUAGGAUGUUGUCUAGAGACUAGAGUUCCUUUGCUAGUUUAUGAAUUCGUGUCCAAUGGAACUCUUUCCCAUCAUAUCCAUGGCGAAGGUUGCAAGUCCUCCUUAUCCUUGGAGUCCCGUUUGAGGAUUGCUGCAGAAAUUGCAGGAGCAUUGGCUUACCUACACUCGGCAGCCUCCAUACCAAUCAUUCAUAGAGAUGUCAAGUCCAGCAACAUUCUCUUGGAUGACAAUUAUACUGCUAAAGUUUCUGAUUUUGGUGUUUCAAGACUGGUUCCAUUCGAUCGAAAAGAUAUAACAUCAUUGGUACGAGGAACUUUCGGUUACUUGGAUCCAGAGUACUUCUUCACUGCCCAGUUCACCGACAAGAGUGAUGUCUAUAGCUUUGGAGUGAUUCUUGUGGAGCUCCUAACAGGAGAGAAGCCCGUGGCUUCGACAAGGUCAGUGGAAUGCAGGAAUUUAGCCAUGCAUUUCCAAUCAUGCCUGAAGGAUGGCCACCUUUUCCCAAUAUUGGAGGACCGUGUGGUCGAUGAAGGAUCGCCGGAGCUGCUCCUUGCAAUAGCGGAGCUUGCCCAACGUUGCCUAAGCGUGAUGAGAGAAGAGCGGCCGACGAUGAAAGAAGUUGCAAUGGAGCUAGAGGGGUUGCGAAGAUUUAAUCAGCACCCAUGGAUCAAAGAGAAUGAGGAGGGAGAGCAUCUGUUGAAGGGAGCUGAAUGCUCAGCUGCGAAUGGUAUGCCUGGUGAGGAUGAUUCUUCGGUGCAUGCUAUGCAGCCAUUCGAUAUUAUGCGAUGAUUUUAUUUCUUAGUUGAGUGCAGCCACCGGUUUGAUAAAUUGCAAGUAAUCUGUUUCGUAGGAAAGAUAAAGAACAUAUUACAAAAUCAUGGAUUGAAAGGCCCCUAAACCAAAAUCAGGAGACACUAGUCCAAUAAGAUGCAAC